AUGUAUUACUGUGGACUCUUGUGGAUCGUAUUCACAUUUGUGUUGAUUUUUACUGCUUCCAAUGUCAGCGGAAAAGUUCAUCCAACGAUUGGAGCAAUUCGCUGGGAUGCUUGGAACUUGGUCGAUGCACAAUUCGAUCCCAUCUCGUUUUACUCGCACCGAUGUUUGAGUCCCGAAAAAUACCAUUAUCGAUUACCAUUUUUUGCAAAGGUUCUGUCACCCACAAAUACGUCGUACAAUGGAGAUCUACAGAGUGUCAUGGAUCAAGAGAUACUUUACGCAAAGCAUGCUGGCCUUGAUUAUUGGGCUUUCGAUACAUAUUGUACAUAUGGACCGAAUUGUGCUACGAACUCGACAUAUUGUUUGGAAUAUUUACAGAUCGCACCACACUAUUGUCCUCGAAAUCCUGCAUAUGGCUUACAGCAGUAUCUUUCGAGUCAAUAUAACUCUUUGAUAAAUUUUACUCUUCUUCUGUUGGGUUCCUCGCCGUGCGACGUAGCUUUUCAAGAGAGCUAUAUCGAGCUCAUGGUCCAUCCUCAGUUUCUAACUGUCCUAGAUGGUCGACCACUUCUGUAUCUGUUUCAAUUUACCGAGACGGAAGCCAAUCUUUGUGGAGGUGGAUGGUCUGGAAGUAGAAAAGUCUUCGACAAAUUUCGACAAAUGGUCAUAAACAGAGGAUUGAAAAAUCCCUACUUGGUUCUGAUGGAUUUCUUGGUUCCAACUGCACAAUCGCAUGCUAGCCUUCUUGGAUUCGAUGCCAUUUCCAUGUAUGCACUACCAGGUGGAACAAAAGAGGGCUCGCCAUUCAGUGACCUUGUCCAUGUUGCUCAACAAUGGUGGCAGUCUGCUCAUGACGCCAAAGCAAAACUUGUGCCAAUCGUUCCUACUGGUUGGGACGCUCGACCACGUUUUGAAAAUCCUGUACCAUGGCUAUACGAAGGGCCAGAACAUUACUUUCAACCUACCAGCGAAGAAUUACAACAAUUUUUUCGAACAGCAAUCAAUUUUACUUGUCAAUACAAUGACACUGUUGAAGCACAAACAGCACUUGUGUAUGCAUGGAACGAAAAUAGCGAAAAUGGGGCUUGCCUUAUUCCUACCCUUGGUAACGGCACCCUAUAUGUUGAUACUCUAUCCAAGACACUUCCAUUGUAUUGCUAA